AUGGUUUCUUGCUGCUGCGGAUUUGGCAAAAAGGAAGAGCCAACAGAGCCCAUCAAUCAUGAAAUCAUUCCAAGUGCACGAUCAAAACUUGCAAGUCCUCGAUUCGAAGAAGUUUCACUGAACGAAAUUGUCAUAACUGAACCAAAAGAGCAGCCCAGCAACAAAUGCGUGGGAAAGAAGACUAAAAAGGGGAAACAAGAUUGCGAAGAGAAAACUACCGAGGGAAAAACAUCUACAGAAUUCGCUUUACCUGUAACAACCUUCAACACGACAGCUAUUGUUGAGCAUGUAGCCAGAGGUCUUGUUGUCGCCCUCAUCGUCCAAGACAGAGUUCAACCGAAUACUUCCUUUGCAAUCAAGGUUAUGACCCCAUUUGUAAAUAUGAUGACUGUACUUUCGAAAUCAAUUUUCAAUAUAAUUUCAGAAAAAUUUUAA